CCCGCGGCCUGGAGCUCUAGCCCGCGCUAUCCGAGCUCGCUGCCCACUCUGGGGCGCACAGGCCGCGUCGCGCGGAGGCCGCGGAAGCUCGUGUCGGUCCGUGGAGGCCGCCUGGGGCGCGCCACCGUCUCCUCGCGGGCCGCCUCGGUUGGGCGAGCUUUCCGUGACGAGCCUCCCGGGGCUGCUGCGGCCAGCUCGGGCCGUCGUGGCGGCUCGAGCCCCGCGCGCUCGCUUGUACUCCGGGGGUCCCAGGCCCUGGAAGGUAUGCGUGUCCUCCGGACGCUGGGCGCGGGCUCCUGAAGGACGUCGCGCGUGGAUCCCGGAGCCUCGGCAGCCUCCAUUCAUCUGCCAGCUGCGCGCUCGCCGCCUCCGCGCCCCGCCUCGGCGUCGCCUCCUCCCGUCCCCUCUCUGCCGCCCUUUCCCCACUCCUCGCGUGAGGAGGUUCUCCUGGAAGCGCAGGUGUCGGUUAUGAGCCCGACUUCCCUCGCUUGAAGCUCUCGGUAGAAGAAGUCGGGGUGACCCGCCGCGCCCCGAGCAUGGGGGUGAACGCCGUGCAUUGGUUCCGAAAGGGACUCCGGCUGCACGACAACCCCGCCCUGAAGGAGUGCAUCCAGGGCGCCGACACCAUCCGCUGCGUGUACAUCCUCGACCCCUGGUUCGCCGGCUCUUCCAACGUGGGCAUCAACAGGUGGCGAUUUUUGCUUCAGUGUCUUGAGGACCUUGAUGCCAAUCUACGAAAGUUAAAUUCUCGCCUGUUUGUGAUCCGGGGACAGCCAGCUGACGUGUUUCCGAGGCUUUUCAAGGAAUGGAAUAUUACUAAACUUUCAAUUGAGUACGAUUCUGAGCCUUUUGGGAAGGAACGAGAUGCGGCCAUCAAGAAGCUGGCCACUGAGGCUGGUGUGGAAGUCAUCGUGCGCAUUUCACACACACUGUAUGACCUAGACAAGAUCAUAGAACUCAAUGGUGGGCAGCCACCCCUAACAUACAAAAGGUUUCAGACUCUCGUCAGCAAAAUGGAGCCCCUGGAGAUGCCAGCAGACACCAUCACAUCAGACGUGAUAGGGAAGUGCACAACCCCUCUGUCCGACGACCAUGAUGAGAAGUACGGAGUUCCUUCCCUGGAGGAGCUCGGUUUUGAUACCGAUGGCUUGUCCUCUGCGGUGUGGCCAGGAGGAGAAACUGAGGCACUUACACGUUUGGAAAGGCAUUUGGAAAGAAAGGCCUGGGUGGCAAACUUUGAAAGACCUCGAAUGAAUGCAAACUCCCUGCUCGCAAGCCCAACUGGACUGAGUCCUUAUCUCCGCUUCGGUUGUUUGUCAUGUCGGCUAUUUUAUUUCAAACUAACAGAUCUCUACAAAAAGGUAAAGAAAAAUAGUUCCCCUCCCCUUUCUCUUUAUGGGCAACUCCUGUGGCGUGAAUUUUUUUAUACAGCAGCCACAAACAACCCACGCUUUGACAAAAUGGAAGGGAACCCCAUCUGUGUUCAAAUCCCUUGGGACAAGAAUCCCGAGGCUCUGGCCAAAUGGGCAGAAGGCCGGACAGGCUUUCCGUGGAUUGACGCCAUCAUGACACAGCUUCGUCAGGAGGGCUGGAUCCACCAUCUAGCCCGACAUGCAGUUGCCUGUUUCCUGACCCGCGGCGACCUAUGGAUCAGUUGGGAAGAAGGGAUGAAGGUCUUUGAAGAAUUACUGCUUGACGCCGACUGGAGCAUCAAUGCUGGGAGUUGGAUGUGGCUGUCCUGCAGUUCCUUUUUCCAACAGUUUUUCCACUGCUACUGCCCUGUUGGUUUUGGUAGGAGGACAGACCCCAAUGGAGACUAUAUUAGGCGUUAUUUGCCUGUCCUAAGAGGCUUCCCUGCAAAAUAUAUCUACGAUCCUUGGAAUGCACCAGAAGGUAUCCAGAAGGUAGCCAAAUGUUUGAUAGGCGUUAAUUAUCCCAAACCAAUGGUGAACCAUGCCGAGGCAAGUCGACUGAAUAUUGAAAGAAUGAAGCAGAUCUAUCAGCAGCUCUCCCGCUACAGAGGGCUAGGUCUCCUUGCCUCAGUCCCUUCUAAUCCUAAUGGGAACGGAGGGCUCAUGGGCUAUGCUCCUGGAGAGAAUGUCCCCAGCGGUGGCAGUGGUGGCGGAAACUGCUCUCAAGGAAGUGGUAUUUUACACUAUGCUCACGGAGACAGUCAGCAAACUAACCCACUAAAGCAAGGAAGAAGCUCCAUGGGCACUGGCCUCAGCAGCGGGAAGCGCCCAAGUCAGGAAGAGGACGCACAGAGUGUUGGCCCCAAAGUCCAGCGACAGAGCAGUAACUGAUACGAAAGCAUGCGGGAGGAGUCCUCGCAGCUGAAGUUGGUGGGAGAGUCAGUACUUCUCAUUUAAAUUAUUUAAAAAUGUCAUUCAUUCAUGGAAAACAGUUAUAUUUCGAACAUAUUAUUUCUAAUAUUUCUGUGGUUUUUAACUUUUUAAUGAAUGUCACAUAGGACAAGUGGUAAUUUGUAUAUAAAGAACUUGGUAAAAAAUUUGCUUAAUGUAAAUAUAGCCACAGUUAGAAUAGACUCAUCAGUAUAUUUUUGAUAAUUUUUCAUGUAUGGUAAAAGUUAAAGUUAACAGAUAUUCUGAUAUAAAUCUCAAGAGUUUUGAGAGUCAUUGUGGGAAAAUGGGAAGUUUUUAGACUUUCUUAAAAAGACUUUGUUAAAAUUUUAGGACACAUUUUUCCAGACAUCAUUGUUUGACCUAAUUUUGCAGUCUUUGAUAAUACUGCUUUAGAAGCUCCGUGGAAUCAGUGCGAACGCUCCUGUCUGCGUGGACAGUCUGUGUUACAGCCCGUGCAGCUGCUCUGACUCGCACUGUGCACUGUGCCCAGCCCCUUUGUCUCCCUCCUUGUUCAUUUCCAGCUACCGUGACUUUGUUAUUAAAGUAUAUGCAAAUAUGGA